AUUCGUGUGGUACUACAAUACCCAUCUGGCUCAAUGGACGGCACCCAACAGUUGAAGGUCAGAGUUCAUGUGGUAAUACUCUGGAUUGCUGCCAGUACAACGAUGAGAUGUUUGUGAAGAACUGCAACGGGUUCUACGUCUACUACCUCAACCCAAGCCUGGUCUGUCCCAGUCGCUACUGUGCCGGUUCAGCUAAAAGGUGUCCAGUGGGCAAGUGGUCCAGUACUGGAUUUGAACCCUGCCGGGACCCAGCUCCCGUGCUGUCGCAGCCUCCAGUGGUCAAGGGACCCAUAGUUGAAGCUGACCAGUCCUUUCAUUUCCAGUGUGAGAUCACCUAUGGCCCGUCUGAUGCAGACCAAGUGUUUGAAGUUUUCUGGACCUUCAAUGGACGAACUGACCCCUCCAUCAAACUACAAACACUGACCGCUGACCAGAGAGUGGCCACCUUAAGUGGUGACAAACUGGCAAGCCAUCCAGACACGAAUGUAGGCUGUCAGGUAAAUACAUAUUAUGUGGGGCAUGAGAAAGACAAGAAAACCUACAGCAGUAAGACGAACUAUUUUGGAGUUCAGGUCAGCCCUGGCAGACUGGACAUCAAGGAUAGGGAAGGACAGAAAGAUGUCACAGUGAUCUCAACUAUCCCAGUUGUAUGUGACCAGGGACCAACUUGUUGUGUAGACUUCACAAUCAUCAUUGAUGAUCAAACAG